AUGUUUACCAGAAUUAUAAAUGAUAAGAGAACGGAAGUUGGAAUACAUGAUGAUGAUGAUGAUGAUGAUGAUGAUGAUGAUGAUGAUGAUGAUGAUGAUGAUGAUGAUGAUGAUGAUGAUGAUGAUGAUGAUGAUGAUGAUGAUGAUGAUGAUGAUGAUGAUGAUGAUGAUGAUGAUGAUGAUGAUGAUGAUGAUGAUGAUGAUGAUGAUGAUGAUGAUGAUGAUGAUGAUGAUGAUGAUGAUGAUGAUGAUGAUGAUGAUGAUGAUGAUGAUGAUGAUGAUGAUGAUGAUGAUGAUGAUGAUGAUGAUGAUGAUGAUGAUGAUGAUGAUGAUGAUGAUGAUGAUGAUGAUGAUGAUGAUGAUGAUGAUGAUGAUGAUGAUGAUGAUGAUGAUGAUGAUGAUGAUGAUGAUGAUGAUGAUGAUGAUGAUGAUGAUGAUGAUGAUGAUGAUGAUGAUGAUGAUGAUGAUGAUGAUGAUGAUGAUGAUGAUGAUGAUGAUGAUGAUGAUGAUGAUGAUGAUGAUGAUGAUGAUGAUGAUGAUGAUGAUGAUGAUGAUGAUGAUGAUGAUGAUGAUGAUGAUGAUGAUGAUGAUGAUGAUGAUGAUGAUGAUGAUGAUGAUGAUGAUGAUGAUGAUGAUGAUGAUGAUGAUGAUGAUGAUGAUGAUGAUGAUGAUGAUGAUGAUGAUGAUGAUGAUGAUGAUGAUGAUGAUGAUGAUGAUGAUGAUGAUGAUGAUGAUGAUGAUGAUGAUGAUGAUGAUGAUGAUGAUGAUGAUGAUGAUGAUGAUGAUGAUGAUGAUGAUGAUGAUGAAUGA